AUGGCCCAUUCUAACUCUGGCCUCGUCAUUCCUUUUGACCCCAAGGCACAUGCCCACCUAACGCCAUACCUCGCCGCCAUCCAUGCCUCGUGCAUCACAGUGGACCGCGCCAUCUGCAUCUUUUUGCCUCCUCUGUCCCACGAGAAGCUGCUGUGUUGGUGGAAGGAGCGGAUAGCAGAGGUUGGCGAGGGCACGCGCCUCAUCUGGAUUCUUCUGGCAGAGCUGGAUACCACAGGCAAGCCCAAGGGCCCCGACGUCAUGGGCGUCGUCAUGCUUGCGAUGCCGACCUCUGAGACGGCCACUUUUCGUGGACUCGUCGAGAUGCUCCUGGUGCAGAAGAGCUUCCGUGGCAAGGGCGGUGCAAGAUUACUCGUCGCUGCUCUCGAGGAUGGUGCAGCCAAGCUUGGUCGAACGACACUCCUGCUGGAGACGGAAGCAGAUAGCCCUGCGGAGGCGGUAUAUAGGAAACUCGGCUAUGUCGAGAUGGGCAAAGUCCCCGGGUACGGCAUGAGUCCGGCGGGCGAGCUGAAGGAUGGCACUUUCUUCUACAAGCAGCUCUGA